UCUGAAUAUCAGUUAGUCGUUGGACCACGCUCACCAAAACUGGACAGAUUUGUAGUUAGGUUAAAUCUCACUCAAAAUUGUUCACUUAGAAAUUAUUUUGUUUUAAUGUCUUCUUAUAUAGCGAUUGAUACGACUAACCAAUCAGCAAUAAAAUUAUUAUUAUUAUGAACCAUUCAAUGACGCCGUCACCGGACAUGCACAACAUUUACGGUUUUCACCAUCAUCAUCAUCAACAGCAACAGCAUCAGCAACAAUCACCCGAUUUACUUAGAAGUGGUGGCCACGUUGUGACCACUAAAGCCGAUUCUUCAUCAUCAUCACCGUCACUCUGUUAUAAUAAGACUUCGACUUUCACACAAGAUUUCAUGUUAUCCAACAACUCGUGUCAAACGCAGCAGCAACAGGAUGACGACAGCUGCAGUGAUGGCGAAGACUCCAGUCAACCCAGCUGCACUUACCGAUCUGUCAACCACAGUUUCGUAGGGACUUCGAUAAGACAAGGUGCUGACUUGUCCUCGCCCAGUUCAAUGGGCCGUCACAAUAUGGUGGCGGUGGCGGCGGCAGCAGUGGCGGACGGUUACUAUUCUGGAAGCACCACUAACCACGGUAAUGGUAGCGCGGGCCAUCAUCAUCAUCACCAUCACCACGGUCACCAUCAUCACCAUCACCAUAACAGUAACGGAAAUGGUCAUAACCAUCACCAUCACAACGCCCCGGCGGGAAUGGCUGCAGCGACAAUUGUGGACGCACAAGGCGCGGGCGGGAUCGGCGGCGGCGGUGGCAGUGGAGGUGGCGGGUACAGGGUGCAGAGGCAAGCGGCCAACAUACGGGAACGUAGACGAAUGUUGAGGUCAGACCUGGCGCCGACUCGGGCAGCGGAUAGGCCCACGCCGGUCAAAAUCAGCAUCAACUCGGCGUUCGACGAGCUCCGCGGUCAUGUGCCCACGUUCCCGUACGAAAAGCGGCUCAGCAAGAUCGACACUCUCCGCCUGGCAAUCGCGUAUAUUGCACUGUUGCGCGAAGUGUUGUCGGCCGACUGCGACCCGCUCACUUAUGUCCAGCGAUGUCUAAGCGGUGAACGGACACCUGAACGCGCCGAAUGGAACACCAGCGAUCUAACAGCUAGACUUUCGUGGAUCAACUGGGAGAAUUUGGGCGUGAAUCCCAAUAGGCGAGGCGUCUUGACGUCUUACUCGAUUCCUGACAACGUUAACAACUAAAAUUAACUUGAAUACUGGCGGAUACUUCGAUCGUCGGUUAAAAUUAUCACUGUGUAUAUUACAUACAAAUAUGUAUAUUAUUUUCGUUUUAGGGAUUUUAUUCACUGUUAAUAUUUUAUUAUAUCGAUUAAUAUAUUUUUAGUUAUAAUAUAGGGGAAUGUGCAAUAGGUACUUUCUUAAAAGAUAAAAAAAAAAGGAGACUGCAUAUUGUAGACGUUUUGAUCCUUAAUAAUUACUUACUCACUUAUAUGUUAUAAAUAAUGCCAUAAUGGUAUGUAUUUACUAUUUUAAGGGGAUUCGUUAUCGACCGUUUAAAAGGAGACAAUAUAGGCAAUAUUUAAGUGCGUGCAUGCAUGUUGUUGAAAAAUUACUAGAACUUCCAGCAAACGCACGCACAUAAUAUCACCAACUGAUCAACUUGUGGUCAAAAGAUAUAUUUUUCAUUAAAAAAUCGUAGUAAUAUUUUUAAUCUACCAUUUUUUUGUGAAUCGUGUCAAUAAAACUAAAUAUUAUACUAUUAUGUUAAGAAAUUUGAAAACAUAUUCAUUAUAGUAUUUAAUUUGAUCUUGUUAAAAUUGCUCAUCCCCAAUUUUAUUUUCAUGAUUCGGUAUAAUUAUAAUAUUUAAAAAUUACUCAAUUUUUACAUUUUAAAAUCAAAUUUAAAGGAACAGUAACAUGUAGUUAAAAUGUACAGAAGUGGAAUAAUAGAACUAAAAUAAACUUUUAUAGUUUUAUUGAUAGGAUUGUGGACCAAAAACAAAUAUAGAUAUAUAUAUUUGUCAAAAAAAAGUAGGUAUGGAUGAAUCCCUUUAAGUGCUAAUAGUAUACUUAAUGAAAAUUGAAAAUAAAAUUAAUAACUAUUUAUUGGCCAUUAUAAAUUAUAAACUAAAAUUAAUUUUAAUAAUUAAAAUAUUAUCACAACUCAUAGUGUUAUAAAAUAUAAUACAUUUAUUUUACAACAUACCUAAUUUAUAAUUUGUACAUUUAAAACAUUGUUGUUACCUACCUAAUGGCUUAAUAGUUCCUGACUGCCAAAGAGAAAGUUAUUUAUUUUACAAUAAAAUGUGUUUUUUUUUUUUUUUUUGCUUUGUAAAUCACUUUUUGAAGCAUUAAUAACGCUCCAAAAAAUCUAUAGGUAAUAUAAUAUUAUAUCUGAUUCCUCAAUUGGUUAUAAAUUAUUAAACAAGGUUAAAAUAUUGCAUAAUAUAUUAACAUUUUCAGCAAAAGAGUGAAACUGUUUGAUCUGGAAUGACGUAAUAGAUAAAUAUGAGAUAUGACUCUAAGACACUAACAAGUGAAAAUAUAAUUGAUUCAUAUUCAUGAUUGGUAUUUAUUAUUUGGUUUGAAUAAUUCAAAACAUAUACGAUAUACCUAUUAAAUUGAAUAUUUUUAAGCCAUUUUAGGUACUUACUAUAUUAUUUAAAACAAAUUACAAAAAAAUUGUAUAAGAUCAAAUCAAAUGAAAAUAGACAAUAUUCAAAGAUUACACAUUAUAAAUGUAUUCGAAUAAUGAAACAUCACUAAAACCUGCUUAUAAAUAUCAUGUUUAAUCAAUUAUACUUGGACUUUGGCGAGAUAAUUAUAAAGUUCUAUUUCUAUGCUAUUUACUAUUCAACUUAUUGUAAUGUUCAAGUUAUUUUUUUUUUCUUAUAAUCUUAAUGUACAUUUUAAUAACACAUUUAAGUGAUUUAUUAUUUAAAUAGGUAAUGAAAUUUAAUGUAAAAUUGUCAGAUUAUUACGUCGACAGCUUGAAUAUUGGACUCAAAAUUUUUUAUAGCAUUAAUAUUUUACAAUAUAUGGCAUAAAUGCCAAUGUAAUAUUCACUAUUUUAUAUUAACCAUAACUUGCUUAGACCUUAAUAGCUAACUAAUUUUAAGUUAUAUCUUAUAUCAAACACAAACACAAAAUAAAUAAGUACAAUAUACAACUAUUAGAGAAAUGUAUAAAAUCAUAAUAUUUAAAUAAAAAAGUCUUAGUACUGUUUUUCAGCCAGUGAAUCCUACAAAAUAUAAUUUAUUAUCUUAAUAAUUCAACAUAAAUACAAUUACCAGACUUUAUUUUUUAUUAAGUAAAAAAGUACGAUAUAAUAAAAUCACAUAAAAAAGUAGGCAUGUGUCACUCUGCUAUACAUUGGGUAUCAAGUAGGUCACUGUUAUAGCCUUAUAGGUAGGUAUGUUAAAUCUGAAUUUAAGUAGUGAAACUUUAAGUUAAGGUUAAGUAAGGUUAUUUGUUUUCGAAUUACAAUAAAAUACUAAUGAAUAUUAGUAGUAAAAAUUUUAAAUUCAAACGGUCAUAAAAAAAUUAGUUUACAUUUCCAGUAAAAUUUUUAAAUGUUUAAUCAUAUAAUUACUGAUUAAUUGUAUACACGGUUAUCACAUUUUAAAAUUGUAGGUAGAAACAGUAAAUCUUUUAAGAAUUUUUAAUUUGUAAUUUGAGGUUUUGAUGAAUUUUGUAAAAAUUAUAAAUUUAAAAACUCAUAAAAAAAUAUUGCGAUUAUAAAUUUUUGAUACUUUUUAAUUGGGAUAUGAAAUAAUUUUUAGGAUCUUUGUAUUGAAUUUAACAUUAAUAAAAAAGAAACAAAAAUCGAAAAUUUGAAUCGUCUAUACUCUAUAGUAAAAAUAUUUUGAAAAUUAUACCAUAGUAAUAUAAAACAAUUUUCAAGUUUAUUUGGUUAUUGGUUUAUGAAUUAAUAUUCAAAUAAUAAAAUAAAGAAAUUAAUUUAGUCAAACAAUAGCUUAUCAUGAAAAUUAUAUUUCAUUAUUUUUUUGUUUGUUUUUUCUGACUGGAAAAAAGUAUUGGACAUUUUUACUUCUCUAAAGUACAAACUAAAUCCAAUUUGCUAUCCAAAACCAAACCACAAAAUUGAAAAUUGAAGAAAUUUAUUGACUACUUAUCGGCUAUCGCGUACACAAUAGAAAACACAUCAUUAUAAAAUUAUUAAUACAUUCAUCGCUCUACUUAGAAUCUUAAAUGUAGUUAUAUCAUAUUCAAAUGUUGGAUUAAAAAAUAUAUACCGUAACUGUACCUAACUUAAAUAAAAAUUAGUAUUUUUUUUAAGCAAACAUUCAUCUUUAGAAAAUAAUUAACAUUCACAUAUGACUAAGAUUAAUAAUGGAAUCAAGUACCCAUAAGUCAUAAAUAAUAAAUUAAUUUAGGAAUUGUCACAUUGACAAUUUAUACAAUUUACGUCUGACAUUUGAAA